AUGGAGGACGAACAUAAUGGUGCAUACUCACAGGAGAUGCACUCUGAAGACGAUAAUACCCUUCGUGAAAACAACAAGAAAAGGACCGUGAAGACACACACUCAGCUUCAAACAUUGGAGAAAUUCUACAACGAACAUAAAUAUCUGACAGAGUCCAUGAAAGCACAACUCGCCGGUCAAAUCUGCUUGACCGAAAAGCAAGUCUCCGAAUGGUUUUGCCACCGGAGGUUGAAGGACAAGAGAUUAGCUAACUUGCAAGACUCGUGCGGAAGCACAAAACAGGUUGAGAAUAGGAAACUCGACAUAAGGGAAUUCGAGAGCGAAAGAUCGACUCUCGAAGAAUAUAAGCUCGCACAAGAGCAAGAUAAUGGCCGCUGUUUCGGGACGAACUACCAUAUGGAUGAUGCAUCUUCCGGAAGUAGCUCCUCACUAAGGAAUAUGGCAAACAAUGGCAAAGGGAGCCCGUUUGACAUGGCGAGAUCAAGACAGCGAGUGCCAAAAUUCCCAAGCGAUAUGACGGGCCUAAACAAUCCUAGACUUGGCCCGGCGGGUUACUUGAAAGUGAAGGCUCGGGUUGAGAAUGCUGCUAUAACUGCAGUAAAAAUGCAGCUGGGGAAGCACUGUAGGGAGGAUGGCCCGCCGCUCGGUGUUGAGUUUGACCCGCUACCUCCCGGUGCUUUUGAGUUGUCAAUGCAGAAUCCUGAUGACAGAGAAACUUUCUAUACUGAAGAACCUGUUCCGCCUGCCUCACCUGAUAUUUCAAAAUUCCACCAUUAUUCUAAGUCUGGCAAGGGGCAUGAAUACACCUCCAAGGUGACCUCCAACAACCCCAACAUGAAUGGAACAAGCUUUAAAGUGCCACAAAUGUCCGAAAUUCCUGAUAACUACGUUCACCAAAGCUAUGAAGAGAAUACUAAUUUAUCCAACAAUGGUGCUUGCUAUCCCCAGAGGGACAUUUUUGAAGAAUUUCCUGAAGUUUCUCCUAGGGAAAUGAAGUACAAAAAUGGUGCACAAGUUAUGAAAAUGAGUACUUUCUCCAGCAGCCGUUGUGUCGGGAAUUUAAGGAAGGAGCAAGAGUCUAGCUUCAGUACGUUUUGCAAUUUGCCAAGAAAUGAUUACAAGCAAGAAAUUAUUGGAAACGAGUCACCCAAUUUGGUCGAGAAAGGGUUUGAGCAGAUGCAGCCUAAGAGAAUCGCAAAGGAUGGAAAAACUCAUUCUGAUAGGAGGCUAGAAAGUGAAAAUCAGAUUCUGGUUCGUGACAAGCAUGAUAGGAACGAUCUGAAAAGAAUGAGAAAUGAAUGCCCUCAGCAGUCGCAUUUGAAGAGAUCAUCGAUGGUCGCAAGGUCCGUAGAAAGUAUCCCGACUGGUAUCAGUGAAGACGAAACAAGUGCAGAGACAAGUUCUUCAGUAGAAUAA